AUGCAAAAUAUUGCAAAUAAAAUUGCUAAAGAUUUUCAAGACUUUGAAAAGUUCCUAAAGUUAAAAUUUGGUAAAAAACAAAAGAUUUCGCAAUACAUCAUGUUCAAGGAUUUCUUUCGAUGUGAAAGACCAGCAAAAGUUUUGGGCUAUACAUUUUUGAAAAAUGACAUUACUCCAUCAAAUAAAUGGCUCAAGUUUAAUAGCUUUGCUUUGCAUGUUGCAAUCAUUGUCAUUUUGAUGACAGAACUAAUUUCAUUUGUUUUGUCCAUUCAGCAAAAAUCUUUUCACGUCACGAUGGAAAACGUUUUGGUUUUUGGAGGUUAUGUAAUAGCUGGAAGCAAAUUAUUUAUCAUUUUUCAUUACAAGCGUGCAAAAAUCGAUGAAGUUAUCGAAAAACUUGACAGACACUUUCCGUACUUUGGUGUUGAUUAG